AUGAGGAGCGGCCGCGGCGCCUACCGAUGCCUCGCCGCCGAGCCCGCUGCCUGCGCCAUGAACCCCGAGCUGGCGCUGGAACCGCUGGGCAGCCUGCAUGAGCCCGAGCUGCUGGGCAGCCCCGGCCCGCACCACGGCGGCCGAGGCGGGGGAACGCUGCGGGUGCCGCCGCCCCAGGAGCUGCCCGGCGGCGGCGGCGGAGGCGGCGGAGGGGGGCGGGCGGCCAUGGUGCCGGGCAUGGCCCCGCUGCUGGACGGCGCCGAGUUCCGGCCCGAGCUGUCGGUGCCGCUACACCACGCUAUGAGCGUGCCCUGCGAGCCCUCGCCGCCCGGCAUGGGCAUGAGCGGCACCUACACCACGCUGACGCCGCUGCAGCCGCUGCCGCCCAUCUCCGCCGUGUCCGACAAGUUCCACCACCCGCACCCUCACCCGCACCACCACCACCACCACCACCACCAGCGCCUGGCAGGCAACGUCGGCGGCGGCUUUGCGCUGAUGCGGGACGAGCGCGGGCUGCCCGCCGUCAACAACCUCUACGGGCCGUACAAGGAGGUGCCGGCCGUGGGGCAGAGCCUGUCCCCGCUGGGCGCGGGGCUGGCCCCCCUGCAUGGCGCUCAGCAGGGCCUGCACGGCUACGGGCCGCCGCCGCCCCCGGGCCACGACAAGAUGCUGGGGGCAGGCUUCGAGGCCGUGCCGCACCUGCCGCGAGGGCUGCCGGCGGCCCCGGCCCCGCUGCCGCACCUCAAUGGGCAGCACCCCCCUGCCCCGCCGCCCCACGCGCUGCCCACUGCCCGCGACCGCCCGCCCGCCGCCGCCCCCGCGCAGCAGCUGGAGGAAAUCAACACGAAGGAGGUGGCCCAGAGGAUCACGGCAGAGCUGAAGCGCUACAGCAUCCCCCAGGCCAUCUUCGCCCAGCGGGUGCUGUGCCGCUCUCAGGGCACCCUCUCGGACUUGCUACGGAACCCUAAGCCUUGGAGUAAACUGAAAUCCGGCAGGGAGACCUUCCGGAGGAUGUGGAAGUGGCUGCAGGAGCCGGAGUUCCAGAGGAUGUCAGCCUUAAGGCUCGCAGCAUGCAAACGUAAAGAGCAGGAACCGAACAAAGAGAGAAACAACUCCCAGAAGAAAUCCCGGCUGGUUUUCACUGACCUCCAGCGCCGAACGCUUUUUGCCAUCUUCAAAGAGAACAAGCGCCCGUCCAAAGAAAUGCAGAUCACCAUCUCCCAGCAGCUGGGCCUGGAGCUCACCACCGUCAGCAACUUCUUCAUGAACGCCCGGCGGCGCAGCCUGGAGAAGUGGCAGGAUGACCUGAGCACUGGGGGCUCCUCCUCAGCCCCCAGCACCUGUACCAAAGCAUGACCGCGCAAGCCGCCAAGCGGCGCGAGCGCGGUGGGGCCCUUCACUGGUGACUUGAAAGCACAAUCCUCCUGGAUCGUCCUGGCCUGGCUGCAAGGAGAGGACACCGUACGGCUUUUAGUCAGUUGAGAAGGCGCAAGCGAAGAAGUAACCUCUUUUUCUGUAACACUACGCUCAGGACAGGCGAAGCAGGUCUGAAGGAAGAGCCGUUGGUGAGGCGAGUUCCGCGCCGGAACGGAGCACAAGGCUGACACCGAGAUGCCAAGGAGGCCGAGAACCUGUUUUCGAAUCUCAGGCAUGGUUUUGUUGAGUGUUCUAGGGGAACAAAAGAUCAACUCUAUGUUUUUCUUUCUUUCUUUUUUUUUUUAAAUUUAUUUUUUAUUUCUUUUGUUCAAUCAGUGAGUAUAGCUUGAUCUUGGACCAGAAAAAAUCAGUUCACUUGAGCUCAAAGUGUCAAGCACAAAGACAAUAGCUAUAGAAAUAGGUAUGAUUCUGGACUCACUACAGCUGUUAUUUUGAGAGGCAUUCUAAUUUACGAAGUUGAUAGUGAAAAAGUACAUGACUACACAAGUCUCAAGCACAGUUUGCAGUUUGUCACAAAUUCUGUGUUUGUACAUGACGCAGAUGCACACUCAGGAGGUCAAUUUAACUGCUACACUACAUGCAAACACAAAUUUUUGAAAGAUCUAGGUUUUUUUAGGUCAUUAAGAAGUCCUUUUCAGUUACCAGGGAUCUAUUUUCUCCUCUGUAGUCUCACCGUUACUGAAACAUA